AUGCCCGCCCUCCCCACGGAGAGACAAGCCCAAACCGCCGGAACGCAACACCGUUCCCGUCUGCAGACGCGCUUCCCAGGCUUCCAGGUCCGGCCCGCGCGGCCCUCCGACUUCCGCGCCAUGGCCCGCAUGGCCACGGCCACCUUCCGGGACGAGCACGAGGUGUCCCACUUCACGCGGUACCGCCGGGCGCUGGACCCCGCGGCGGUGGCGCGCGCGAACAGGCUCGCGCUGGCCGAGUUCGCGUGGCGGCUGGCCACCAUGCACGCAACCCGGCGCCUUCCCGGGCGGCACUUCCUCGUGGCCACCUACCUGCGCACGCCCGUCGAGUAUCUUUCUACACUCAGGGGUGCGCACGAGACGAGGGAGGAGAUCCUCGCGUGGGCGGAGUGGCAGGAGCCGGUGUGUGCUCUGGCGAGUGUCGGCCCGCGCAGGGAGAGUCUGUUCCCGCCCGACGACAGUCCGUUUGCGGGCUUAGGCAAGAGCCGUGGAGAGCAAGUGGACGUGCCGAGGUCUGCCCAUGCUAAGCUCGAGGCCAUCCUCCAGGGCAUGCAGUCCAGGUGUGGCGAGUACACCGUGCUCGUUCCGCCCAACAGCGGCGCAGUGUAUCGGCAGGUUGCCGUGGAAGGCUUUCACCGCGCCCGGCUGGACUUCCCUGAGGAAUGGAGACGCUGGUCUCAAGAGUUCCUCCCCGCUUUCCUCGGGCCGGACGGAGAUGCGCAGGGGCGGUACAUGGCUCUCCGCGCUCUUGUCGUGAACACAAACCACUGGGGCAACGGCAUCGAGCACGAGCUCCUCGACUGGGGCGUCCAAAAGGCCCGCGAUCGUAGCUGGGACAUCCUCACCGUGGUCCCGAGCGUCAUGAACUCGUGGACGCUCGACUGCCUUCUCGACACGGGCUUCAAGGAGGUCGGCUCGCUGGAGAUCUUCUGGGGUUCGCAGCACGCUCUGAUGUGGGACCACUCUUCGACGGGAUGUGGAUACGGACAACAGAAACAGCAACAGGACAAGGACAAGAUGGACGAUCUCCUCCCGGCGGCUUCUUCUGAAGCCGUAAUCUCGGUCCGCACGGGCGAGGAAGCAGUCGACAAGUCGGUCGCAAAGUCUACUCAAGCGGGGGCUUCUCGGUUGACUGGGACCAGACUUCGUCACGCUCGGGGGUAGUCGCUGAGAGCUUGACACCGACGCAGCAGAUAAGGAGCUGAGGUGGAAUUGAGGAAGUGGUUGAUAUGGCGGGCUUCUCCACAAUACUAUCGCUAUGGGACCAAUGGGUGGGUUGUCUGGAGGACGCAGGUGUUUCAGGAUGUGUGGCGUCCGGUCAACAUGGAUUGAUGAGCAUUGUUAUCAUGGUAUAGGUCUUCGGCGUUGGGGCUCAGUCGGUAUGGUUGGAUGGCCGCCGGUGUGGUGCGCACAGGGAGGG